UCGCAGCGUUAAAGAAAGGAAAUGCGGGCAACACAGAUGACCAUUAUCAUUGUGGGACAAGAUACGACGUAAUGCUACACUAGGCAAGGUGUGCGGUCUCGAAUGCCAUAGUCGGCUGAAAUACCUACAGAGGACGUUUAUGAGGAUAGACGCAUCUGUUCUUCAUUCAUAUAUAUACAUUAAGCGCACUCGUGUGCUAUCACGGGACAUGCAGCGGCGCUAGCGAGCGGUUUCGCUUUUGCGCUUGCCGAUAAGUUCGCUGUAUCGGCAGUACUACCAGUGUCACGCCCUCGAAGCUGCACCGCAAAUGUGUGGCCAGCCUGGAAAUGAAUUUCCCACCUUAUGUGCAGCCCUUCGACAGCGCUUCAGACACAGAAUUCAUUGAAGCACAGCUGAGGGCAUGUUUAUACCAGUGCAAGCAGCUGGAAUUGGAUAGUAAUGCUGGUGAACUGCUGUGGUGGGUAAACGACCUUGCGCAGUUGCUCAGCCACACUGACUUCCUGUCGCACCAAAGCCAGGCAGUCCGACGGAUGACGGCACAUUGCCACGUCUAUAUUAUGCUGUCAACAAUCAACAAUGUGCCGUACAGCUGCAGCAGCCUCGUGGAUGUGCUGCAGUCGCUGGUGGAUCAGCUUGCCUUGCUGUGCGAUUCAUCAAGUUCAGCAUAUGAAGAGCGCCUUGAAAUGUUUAAGACAAUAAGCCAUGGAAGAUUGUUCAUUCGUAUUCAUCCAAGAGUGCGACAGUUUGGUGCUAUUGUUCACAAACUGUUCAUUGCCCUUUAUGAUGUCGUCAGCCACAACAUUGGCCUCAUUUCUGGAGUCCGGCAGUUUCUCUCGCCAAUACUGAAUAACCUUGAGUCACCAGAAAAGACAAUGGACUUCAUAUUUGCACACCUAAUUCCACCUUUGAAGAAAAAGGAGCCACUGUGCUACACUGUUUCAAAAGAGCUGGUGCACAAUGCAUCUCCGUCACUGCAGGCAACUAUGGACAUGCUGCUACAAGGCUAUGUGUGCAAGCCUGUGCAUACAAAUUCUGAUUCUGUAUCCAUGGAAACAGCAGUACGCCUCCUUCAUGAAGUGAUUCGUCUCUCUCCCAUGGCCACCUCACUCGCCUUCUCCCAACUUGCUCAGAUGAUUGAGUCUCAGAAUGCUCACGAGAGGCUUUUGGCUGUGGAGUCACUGUGCUACUUGGCGUCGCGAAAAUCUCUCAGCAUGGCUCCUGGCGGCAGGUACAUGUGCCAAUCAUACUUAAAAAGGUGCACCGACGGGUCCCCUCGAAUCCGAGAAGCAUGUUUGAAGCUUUCAUCAAGCGUCCUGUGCUGUCCUGAAUUUGCUGAAGAUGUGCUUGAGGCUUUAACACAAAUACAGGCAGGCUGUGGUACCACAGUGAGGCACAUUGUUAUCAAAUCAGUCACAGAGGCUGCUCUGAAGGACUCUGCAAUCAUCACAGACAAGCUGAUUUCCCUCCUCACAGCUAACACUCACUAUGCCUCCUUCCAAGUUCGCCAGGAAGCCAUUUCCUGCCUUGGAAAACUGUAUAGGAGCAUAGCAAUGGACCGAGUGUGCCCUCAGAAGCUCAUUUAUAAAAUUGCCAAUGUCAUCCUGGAGGCAUAUCAAACCAAGAAUACCACUGACCGCAUGACUGUGGAGCAGACAUACGCUCAGCAUCUCGUACCAUUAUUGCUGUCUGCUUCGUACCGCAUGGAGCUUCUAUAUGCCCUCUACUGUAACCUCGAAGCAAAAGCACUGCGGUCAUUUGUGCGCCUGCAUGAGAAUAUGCAGGAAGCGCAGUUAAAGCUGCAAAGUGUUUUAGAUCAAGUGUCGACAGCACAUGCAAGCACACCCAGGCGCUCUAAUAGAGGUACACAGCUCAUAGAUGAGCUAAGGAAAGACAAGGUUGUGUGUGAGAACUUACUCAAUGCACUGAGCCACCAGAAAUCAUCACACAUUGCUUCCAGUCGGGAUGCAAUACUGAAGAGCCUCGGAGACAGAAGGAGUAAAGCUCUGGCUGAAGUAGAGAAGCUUUUCUGGACAGCUACAUCAGCUGCACUGAGUGAAGAUGAGGUUGAACAGCUUUUGGCUCUUGUUUCAGAGCAGAGACCUGCACUUUAUUUUUCCUACACAAGCAAAGAGCUGCAGCUAUUCAAGGUGCUGUCAAGGGUGUUCCCAUUGUCUUGUGGCAAACUCAAGUACCUUUCAGCAUCCACUGGUGGUCUGUGGCAAAGUGACAUCGACUCGGAAGAUGCACAGAUUUCCCAAUAGCCUUCAUAGUUCAAGUCUAGUAGCAUCUAAUGCGAGUGCAAUUUUUGCACAUGUUUUGCCAAGUUUAAUACAUAUUGGAGCGCUUUAGCCGAGCAUGCUCUCUCCUGCCAUUACUUAACUCUUUGGACAAUUGUGUAUUUAACAUUAUAGGUAAAUGUGUGAUGUAAAAAUUAUCAGCAGAGCAUUGAGGGUCAGUGGCGACUGUGGUCCGAUCGUAGUGCAUUGCACGAACAAUGCAAAAAAUGUAGGUUUGGCUCCCAUUGGCAUCAAGCUGUCUUUUUCUCCACUUUCAUUUCCCUUUUCCUUCCUAUUUAUAUGUUUAAAUUUCAGAUAACAGUUCAUUUUCCUUAUGCUUUCAUUGACUGCAGUAUCAGUUGGUUUCAUGUGGCUGUAACAAGCAAAAAGAUAGAGCCUCUCAAUUCCCUUUAUCCUUCUCGCCAGUCAAUCAGAAUGAGGAUCUCAAAGCAUGCAACUUGAUGAUCCUCAACCUACUGCUAUAAUUCAGAAGCUGGUGUUCUGCUGCCGAGUGUGAGGUCACAGAUUUCAUUCCCAGGAGCAGAAGUUGCUUACGAUGGACGUGGAGUGCAAAAUCACCCCGUGCUAGGCUUUAGGUGGAGGUAAAAAAUCCUAAGUGGCUAUAAUUGACCUGGAGCCUUCCACCACGCCAUCUCUCACAGAUCUCUUCCUUUGGGACGUUAAGCACAAUCGAUUGGCUCAGUACUCCACUAAACCAGGCCAGUUCAGCUUGAAGUGAAAAAAACAAACGUACGCAUUACAUGUUCAAACGCAUGGGUGCAGGCUAGCAGAGAAUUUAAUGUGCAGGCCGGGGACAAAAUGGACUAUCAUGCCUUUGGCCCAUCAAAAUAAUCAACAGAUACCUCCUUUUUUUACAGCGAUAUCUCUUAUUAGCUCUCGACUUGCUUGGAAGAAUCUGGAGUUCUGAGUAUGUGUUGCAGCACAUUCAACACCCAUAGAUUCAUAAGCAUGUUAGUGCCCACUCAAAAACAACCACUGUUACUGAGCAAUGUGCCUUUACAUUUGCCUUUCACAUUGAAGCAACUGCCCCAGAGUCAAGUGUUGUGUGCUGAAUGUGUCCUUCAGUGCACACAAGUGGUUUGCGGUGCAUUUGCAGAAUAACCACUAAAGCACCGAUAGAGUGUACGUUACACUGUAUGGCUGCAUUAUCCCUCGGAUCAUUGGAUCAUACACGUAAAGGUUGUGUGCUACACAGUAUAGUAUUCACAAGCUUGCUGUUUUAAUCGCAGUGUGGGUUUGAAAUUAAGUCAACGAAAAGAAAGUGGCAGAUUCACCAGGCAGGUCUCCGAAGCUGCAUAAGCUAUUGUCAUCACUGCUUUGUACUCUGUGUGAAAGCAUCUUUUUUUUUUCUUACAGUUUCGAGACCUUCAUGCUGAAGGCAACUUGCGGAAUGUGCAAACACAUGUGCAAGUUGUGAUGUACAUGUUGUACACGUGAUGUUCUUCCGAAUGUGUUCCCGAGUGCAUGCUAUAUGUGCCGAGUUUGCUGACAUCAAGGUACCAAAGAUAAAAAAAAAGAAGCUCAAUGAGCUGCAAUUUUCCUUGAAUCAGCCAGUAAAAGAGCUACGUGAACUAAAUUGGUGCCACAAUAAGUUGCAGGCAUCAUUGACGGUCAACGAAAAUACCACAUUUAGUGCCACUUUUGAAGCUCAAGGGAAGCCCAGUUCUCGAAAAACAUACACUGCUUGAAUGUUUUGAACUCUCCGAGACAGACUAUUUGAAACUGGAACAAUUCUUUUUUCUCCUCGUGUA